UGAAAGGUGCGUGACCACGAACUUAAAGCCGAACAACUAACUCAGUGCUGCACACAGAACAGCGGCGUGAGAGGAGAACACACCUUCCUCGAUUCCCUGACUGUUGUCCGGCCUCCCGAUGCCAGCCUUGGGCGGACUGCUGCUUCUUUCUGCCCUCCUGUCCACGGAAAGGGUCUACACGGCGGUGCCAGAGAGACGAUGGCUAAAGGACAACAUCGUGGGCAUCAGUUAUGUCUGCCCGUACCGGGGUUCGAUCUCCAUGGUUGUCAGCCAGUACAAUAACAAGACGGAGGAAAGAGUUUGGGAUUUUGCCUGUAAAUCAACUUUCCAGAGUCACGUUAGUUGUUCCUGGACAGACUACGUCAACAGAUUCGACGAGGGAAUAAAUUUCUCCUGCCCGUCCGAGGCUCUGAUCUGCGGGGUGGAGAACCUGCGAGGCACCAUCCAGAAGGAUCGGAAGUACAGUAAUCUCCUUUCCCCGAGUGUGGGGCCUUCCACUGGUCGGGCUUCCUGGUGGAGGUUCUACUGCUGUGAAGCUGGCCACGUUUGUCUCCGGGGCUGUGCCUGGUCCCCCUACAUCAACCAGCGCAACGAGUACUUCAGCUGGGAGGUACCGGCCGAUCACUACCUGGCCGGAAUCGUGCGUCACCAUGGGAACCAGAGCGGAGAACGUCGCUGGCAAUUCCGCUACUGUGCAAUGUUCUCUACGAACAUAUUUGCACCAUGACGAGAAGGCAGGAGACCUCAAUAAAUAAUUACAUCAUUUGCACUCUGUGCCUUCAUGGUUUUAUGCACCUCUCUUUCUCUCCCCUCUUUCUCUUCAUUUCCCUGUCUCCUUCUCUCUUUCCAUCUCAGCCCUGCUUUCUUUCCCCUCCCUCCCCCUCCCCUGUCUCUGUCUCCCUCUUCCUCUCCUCCCUCUACCCCCUUCAUUGUACUCCCUCUCUCUUUUCACCUUUCUCACUCUCUUUUCCUUCUUCUUCUGUAUCCUACUCUCCAUUUCUCUUGUUCUCUCUCUCCCCCCGUCUCGCUGUACAGAGGAGCCCGCUCCAAGGAAACAAAAAGACCUUGCCUGCCUGCACAGACUGUCCUUGUACGAUU